AUGCACGGAGUCAAGCUAAAGAGCAGCCCGAGGAAGGUCUCUCCCCCAGGACCUACGUUCAUGAACGAUGAGGAGCUGGGGAGCUACCUGCGAGAUCUUCGAACAGCACGUCCACCACGCCCGAAUGGCUCACGGCCACUCCCGUCUAAGGUGUCGGGCCCAGCAGCACUCCCCAAUUUAAAGGACAUACCGGUAAGACCGGCUUCGUCGUUUUCUACGCGGCCGUCCGAAACUGUGCAUUCUCGACCAAACUCCAAGGACAUAAUUCCCCGCUCGUCCAGUGCCUUCUCCCAUCGACGGACAACCUCCGAGGUGUCUACACCAACUAGUAGCUCCAGCGGAACGCCAACAAUACCCGAAUGCGAGGUUUUCAACGGCGGAAGAAAUGUUUCUCAUUGUGGGAGCAGCCUGUCAUCAGCAACUUCAUCAACACCAAUACCGUACAUAGAGCGUGGCCAGAGAUGGAUGGAAAGACAAGAAGUUAGAUCUUUAAGGUCUGCACUAGAAGAGAUGGAUGUCCAGGAUGACGAGAACAGACUGUUCGAGGCAGCCCAGGAGGAGGCAACAGAGCUCGUUUUGCAGCACCAGACUCAUGGGUUUAAAGAAAAGGACACCCAUGCAGCGUACAGAAACCCAGACCUGAAGACCAUAAGCAGGCUACGACAGCAUCUAGAGAAAGGCAGCCACUCGAGGACCUCAAGUCUAGGGUAUGGAGGAGAUACUGCUGUGCGGAGCCAGUCCAUAACAGACAGCAUCCGAUCAUCCUCUGAGUGCUCGAGCGGGGGUCAAUCGGCAUCUGAUAAAACAUCUGACGGAAUGGUACGGCCACUACGAAGGGUCAACUUUGCCGUGCCUAAAGUGAGCUCUGAGAAAAGGAAAGAAGAUAGCCAGAGCCGAAGGAGGUCUGUCAGCGGUGGUUCUUCAAAGGGGAUAUUCAGGAACCCUGAAGAUUCUAUUUAUGAAGAACCCGAGGAGACUGGUACCCACGAGGAGCCCACCACGGCUCAAAAUACUGCUCCAACAUCUGCUUUAACCGCCAAACCCCACAACUCUGUUCUCCGGGGAGCUCGCCCGUUCCCGAAUAGAUGGAGUGGUUCAUCAGCUGGUGGCAAACUGAAUCGAUUUGAUAUACAUAAAAACCCUCCGUCUCAAACCAGGAACCCCCUUUACACUACAAACACUUACACUCCACGAGAACAGACACCGGAGUCGGAGAAUGAACAGAGCACGCUGACAAAAAAUGGGAUCGAAAUACGUGACGAUGAAAUUCGUGCAGCCACAAGCAUGAAGCUGAAGGAUCGAAGCACAAAACUUCCAAUGCCUUCGGCUGUGAGUGAUCGACCGGGUCGCCCAAUUGUCAGUUUUGACCCCCACUGGAAGGAGACGGAACAAGAGGAGCCUGCUAGCUUAUCGAGCAAUGAACCCCCCACCAGUAGCGGGAAUGGCACUCCAAGCCAAUCCAUAAACUCCAAUAACAAUACCCCUGCUCCCCAAGCCAUACCAGAAGUCAGUGUCAGUGCUCCAAAAAUUCCUAGCAUCAGUAUCGAGAAUGAAGCCCCUGCUGCACCGGAGAUUCGCGUCUCGCCCUUAGGUCCUACCAUAUCUGAGAUGGAACAGGCAAGUCAAGUGCAGCAGAGAAGAGAACUACCGAGCCCUGGGCAGCAUCAGUCCAACCGCCAUUCAGGUUCAAUGGGAAUUGAAAGGUACCAGUCCCUUUCCAAAGCGGGGAUACCAACAGCAAGUUGCGUUGUUUGUGGUCUGUCAAUAUCCGGGCGUGUAGUCAUCGCAAGCUCUUACCGGCUACACCCAGAGUGUUUCAGCUGCUUCCACUGCCGGACUCCUCUUGAAUGUGUCGCCUUUUACCCAGAGCCAGAAGAAAAGCGCCGAGAAAGGCUGUCACAGCUAGAUGCUCAUCGGGGGCUAGCAUUCGACACACCGCGGUUCUACUGCCACCUAGAUUUCCACGAACUUUUCAGCCCUCGAUGCAAAAGCUGCAAGACCCCAAUCGAAGGCGAGGUCAUCGUUGCAUGCGGUUCAACCUGGCAUGCUGGGCAUUUCUUCUGCGCAGAGUGUGGCGACCCGUUCACUCCUACAACACCAUUCAUUGAAAAGGAGGGCUUUGCAUGGUGUGUCCGGUGCCAUUCACGGCGUACCGCGUCCAAAUGUAAAGCUUGUAAGAAGCCGGUGUUGGAUGAUGUAGUUGUAUCUGCGCUUGGUGGGCAGUGGCACGACGAGUGUUUCCGGUGCGAUGAAUGCAAGGGAUCGUUCGGGCCAGACGGACGUUUCUUUGUGAGACAGGGCAAGCCGAAGGUAAAUGCUAGAGGCAGACAGAUCGGCGGCCCGGUUGAGCUGCCGGUCUGCGAGGCGUGUGAAUCGAGGCGAUUGAAGGCAUAA